AUGGACUUUUUAACACCAGGCAUCCGGCCCCCUUCGGCCCAGUCGUCGCGGGUGCUACGCUCCAUCAAUUCCAAUAACCGCAUCUCACUAGGCAUCAAGGCCAGGUUCAAGGAAGUCAAUUCCUUGACCAGCGCGUUCCUUACCAAUGAGCUAGCCAAGUACUCCCAAGACACGGUUGCCGUGCUGGAGGCUAGCGCCCAACAGGCAGACGCCUUCAACACCUUACUGGACGCCUUCCAGCAGCUCUACUACCUCUUGGGGGUCGAAGACUUCAGUUUCGACCGAGUGUCCUCCAUCGACUUGGGAAAGAUUGCCCACAUCUACAGCACCACGGUGGACACGCCCAGCGACAAUGGUGCCGGAAUCGCCAAGAUCAACGAUACCACCCAACAAUUGAUCAACUAUUACGUUCUUUUGACCCUCAACCUCAACUUGGCUAAUUCGCUCAUCUAUAAGACGUUAGUGCUCAAAAGCAACUUGGCAUACUGGGAGGAUCUCUACAAUUCAAGAACCAAUAAGGCGGUGUACUUGGUCCAGACCACUCCGCUCAAGCUCUACAGCUUCACCAUAUCCUUAUUCGAGAAAGACAAUUUGGUCUACAACAAUUGGAUCAGAGCUAAACACUACUUCAACGUGCUCUUUUCCUCUGGCAAAGCAAUCCUCAGCACAGUGUUGAUCAAAAACAACCCCACCUUGGCAUUGUUGAAUAUCUCAAAGGGCAAUUCCCUCCAGAGGUAUAAGCACAUGGUCAAAACCGCGUUGAAGUCUCCCUUCAACUUGGUUAAUAACGAAAUCAAGGGUAAAAUUGCUGAGCUUAACCAGCAGAUUGAAGCAUACACUGACCAAAUUAACCAUAUGCUCAGAAUGAAAUUGAACGACAAAUCAAAAACCAUUGAAGACCUUGAGCAAUUAUUGGGUAAGACGGAAGGAUCAGAAAACCAGAAAAUUAACGAGCUCUUAGGAAAAGUCAACACGUUGUCCAAAACCCCAACCCAAAGUGAACAGCCUUCAUUUUUGACUCGUUAUUGGCCAUUGUUACUCCUUUUAGUUGUGUAUGGUCCUUCGCAGACUAUUAACGCGUACAACAACAAGGAUGAAAUCAUUCACUGGUUCAAGCACAACUUCGUCGACACCGUUUACGGGUUUUUCAAGAAUUGGUUGGUUAAGCCAGUAAACGAUAUGCUUAACAUAUUGAGACAUGAUGACGAGUUGAGUAUAACUUCUAAAGAAUCUUUGAAAUCAGACUUGGACUCCCUUGAAAGAAUGGUGAUCGAUUUUCUCGGUGAUGAAAAUGUAACCAAUAUUGACAAACAACAAAUUCAUCAAUCAAUUCAGAAUGGAGACUUGACUUUGUUAAUGUCGAAAUAUGAAGACCAAAUACGUCUGCCUGUUACCUCGAUUCUCAAAGGAUCCUUAAUCAGAUCGAUCUUGAUUCAAAUUCAAAAGACAAAGGUUGAUGGAGGAUUGGCAAUUAACGGUAUUGACAAAUUGUUAAAGUCUCAACAAUUGGUGUUUGGUAUCGUUUCCAUAAGUCCAUCCAUUUUUAUCGUAUAUAAGCUCUGGAACUACUUCCUCGGUGCCAAGCCGAUAUCCAUCAAUGGUAAACAAGUCAAUAUUCUUUGCUUGAAGGGAUUGAAUAACAUUGAGAAUUUGUUGAUUAACUUGGGUGCUAAACAGGAUACUCCAGGAAACUAUGAAGGUAAAUUGCUUAUUGAAAUUGUCAACUUAAUCAUCAUUGCCCAGCUAAUUUUACCGAAGAGUUUAUCUAAGGACUGGGUAAGAGAUUUGAACGAAUUAAACAAUAAAGAGUACGACAUCCCAACUAAAAUUAGUUUAGUAAGGAAGAUCUGGAACGUGUAUGGUCCAUACUUCCGUUAG